CAGCCCCUGUAGAGCACAGGAGCUUGCGAGGAGGGGUGGGAAGGGAGCGUAGCUGCUGGCAGUGGCUUGAGCGAGAGCUGCCUUUGCAACCCCGAGGAAUUGAUCUGGGCACUAUAGCAGGGCGCUGGAUGUUCCUGCGGCUCGGCGGCGACAUGCAAAGAGCUCUUUCUGAUUGCAUUUGACUUGCAAUGCCGGCUUCUCUUUGGAAUGCAAAACCGUGCACAGGAUGAAAUCAGGUCACUCUUCCAGAAUGCCAGAGGAAAGUUCCCCAAGGAAGACUCCCCAGAGUGUCCCAUAUCAGGACCUUCCUCAUAUGGUUAAUGCAGAUGGACAAUACCUGUUCUGCAGAUACUGGAAGCCUGCAGCUACACCGAGGGGCCUGGUAUUUGUGGCUCAUGGUGCUGGAGAACACUGCUGUCGCUAUGAUGAUCUUGCCCAGAUGUUGACGGGAAUCAACCUUUUUGUAUUUGCUCAUGACCAUGUUGGCCAUGGGCAGAGCGAAGGAGACCGUAUGGUUGUGUCAGACUUCCAUGUGUUUGUCAGAGACAGCUUGCAGCACAUUGACCUCAUGAAGAAGGAUCACCCAGGCCUCCCUGUGUUCCUUCUAGGGCAUUCCAUGGGAGGAGCCAUCACUAUCCUUGCUGCGUGCGAAAGACCAAAUGACUUUUCAGGCUUGGUAUUAAUUUCUCCUUUAGUAGUUGCAAACCCAGAGGUAGCAACGCCAAUCAAGGUUUUUGCAGCUAGAGUACUUAAUUUACUCCUGCCAAAUCUGUCCCUGGGAGCUAUUGACCCAAACGUGGUUUCCCGGAAUAAAAAAGAGGUUGAAUCUUAUGCCACAGACCCACUGGUUUAUCAUGGUGGCAUGAAAGUCUCCUUUGUCAUCCAGCUGAUGAAUGCCAUUGCAAAAAUCGAACGCUCUCUCCCUAAACUGACCCUUCCCGUCUUGGUACUCCAUGGCUUGCCUGACAAACUCUGCGAUAUCAAAGGUUCCUAUUUGCUGAUGGAUACUGCUCCAAGUCAAGAUAAAACACUCAAGGUGUAUGAUGAGGCCUAUCACGCCCUCCACAAAGAACUUCCUGAGGUGACCACUUCUGUCCUUAAGGAAAUAUUAACAUGGAUUGGUCAGAAAGUCUCAGCAGCUGAAAAAGCCCCUCGCUCUUAAGGAAAGCCACCUUGAAACUUUCUGAAUUGAUCGCUGGUUAAUCCUGAGGAGGAAAGAUCAUUCUUUGUUUCUUUUUUUAAAACAAAACCUCUUUUGGGGAAAGAACGUUUCUCUUAAAUGGACUCCUAAAAUACUUUAUUUUUAAGUAGGUAUUCCUGUGACAUAGGUUGAGGGAAUAUGAGUUAGCCUUUUAAAAGAGGUUGUUAUUCUCCUGGAGGAAGGAGUAGGGAGAGGAGUUUCCCAGCUACAAGUGCUAUCUUAGGGGACUGGUGUCCCUUUCAAAAUCCAGAGUGCUCUCUACCCCUGUUCUUCAUUUUCUAAAGAGUUCCUGAGGUGCUGAGAUAAUUUUUAAAAAUAUAUUGCAAUAAUCUUUGGAAUGUUUAAAAGUCUGGCAUCUUCCAUGUCAUUCAGUUUCUACUCUUGGCGGAUUAUGACUUCUUUCUUCUGUACUUCUAAGAUGGCAAAUAAAGAUAGUCACCGCCAUACGGAGCUGGAGUUAGAAAAGAAGUCAGACAGGUGGUAGUCUUUCCAUGUGAGAUGGCAAAACAUGGUCAGGCCAGGCCAAAUGUAAUCUCCCUCAUGGUCUGGGAACAUGCAAGCACCCAAUAGGCACCAUUUUGCACUCUGAAAUGACAUGGUUUAGAGCCAUCUCACAAUCAGCCCCAGAACCAAGUCCACAGAGGAGAGGACUAAUUGUAGAAUAGUAUAUUUUAAAAAGUCUAAGCACACUAAAGACAAUGCUGCUUCCAGAAACCAAAUCUUUCUUCUGUGCAAGAAACUAUUCUGUAAAUACUUGUAGGGGCUGCUUUUCUUGUUACUUGUGUUACUGAUAACUUAAGAUGUAAAGUCAAAAGUUAUAUUUAAAGAGAAACUAUUACAUAUAAUA